AUGUAUAAACAGCAAUUAACUCAUGUUGGUUAUAGUCCCACCUAUCCUUAUGUAACCAGCAACAAUCCACCAUCGAAUGAUAUUAUUAAUACAACUCCACUACAACAAUUUUUAUACGUUAAUAGCAAUAACUAUAAUAACGGCAGCAAUCCCUAUUUAAAUCCCAACCCUAACAGUGCUCCCAACUUUAAUAGCACUUUGUUGAAUCCUGGAAAUAUUAAUAAUAAUGCCAUCAGAUAUAACAGCAAUUAUUUAAUUCUUUCAAUUUCUAACCAUAU